GGAAUUUACAUGCGAUCUGGGUUCUAAAUUCUACAGUGUUUACACUAGUGAUGACUAUCACCUCUCCUGGGACGGUUCCUCUCGUGGAAGAACUAGGAGCUGUAAGAUAACUUUCGACCCUAUGGAGUCGCUAAGCAAAGUGUGUGUUGAAGUUGAAAACUUUAACAUACAAGACUGUAGUGUGCAUGUUUAUUACAUCGAAGAAGGCGAAUUGAAGAGGACAUAUGGAUGUGGUCAGACUCCAAAGAAGUUUUGUGGAUCGCAAAAUGCGGACAUCAAUGUAGAACUAUCCGUUCCUAGGACAUUUAGAAGUACAUCAAGCUCUUUUCAAUUGAAAGUUUAUGCAUAUAAAGAAGACAAACCAAAACAGCAAGACUACACGUGGAUUAUAGGACUAAUUACUGUAGUGUCGAUCACUGCCUCAAUAGCAGUGGCAGUCGUUUUGAUUUGUCGAAGAAGGAGAACUCCAGGAUUAGUGUUUCAGAGAUCGGAAAUCCCACACACACGUUUAGUUAACAAUGCUUCUUCAGAUUUAGGAAAUCCUUCAAUGAGCUUUGACCCCCCGCCUCCCUAUCCUACAAACGAUGUAAUGGCCACGGAAUACACAGUUACUGUUCCUGUCAUUGUCAAUACACGAUAGAGGUUUUGAAAAAAUAUGUGAAAAUUGAAAAAAAAAUAUAUGUGCAGUUUUUAACUGUUUAUUUUUUAUUUGCUUUUGUUUCUAAACGAUUAAAAAAAUUUCAGCAUCAUCGUUCAACAUUAAAAGAAGUUGGUUCACUUUGUGCAUAAAAUAGCCCUGUAGAUAUACCAAAUAAUUGAUUUACAAUUGAUUGUUCAUUUGAAGCAUUAAAAUAAAAUUGAGACGUCA